AUGAAGCAAACAGUCUGCGACCGCUGCCACGGACAGAAGCUCAAGUGUGAGUUCGCCAAUGGAGGCACCGGCGAUAGCUGUAAGAGAUGCACGAGAGCUGGAGCGAAGUGCACGUAUCCCACCUACGAAGAAUGCGUACCAAAUCAAAUCGAAGAUCAAGGUCGACCCAAUGCCGCACAGAACCAGAUGACCAACGCGAGGGGGACGAAUCGAUCUGAAUCUCUCCCUACACACCCACGGCUCAAUUCGCAUCGACACCGCUCAUUCACAACGCUGGCUUCCCCGCGCCUAGACCGCGGUCCCAGUCAAGCCCAAAUGUCCAGAAAAAGACUACGAUCGAGCAUGGAAGGGCUGGCGAGUUCGUAUCCGUAUCCUAUGACAACGGCAAGCGAACAGUCGCUCGAUGCGGCCCUCUCGCAGGAAGCUCUCGACCACGUAGCGACGGCCCCCGCCCACGACGUCCUCAACAUUCCCUUUGACUUUACAUGGUCCGACGUUGAAAUCCUCCAACUCGACGGACUGGCUUCUGACUCAUUACGGGAGGCCUACCCAGAUGGAUCCCCUCGAUAUAUGCCUCACCUCCACGACAGAAGCGACGGACCUGUAUCUGUAGCGGUAGUAGGAAGCUAUGAAGGACUGUAUUGAUUCCUAUGAGAGCUGAUACAUGAGAUGGUUUUUAUGCUCAAGCUUAUCGGCCCGAGAGGCUUGUACGCCUCAGCAGCUGGCGUACACUCAAUCAAUCUCAA